UUAAGAGGUUUGAAGCAAUGAUGUGACAUGUGCACGUGUAUUUUUGUGCAUUAGAAUGUGUGUGUUUAAUACUGACAGCCUGUAAUCGUCGGUCCAGGGUAGAGCCAGCCAGUCUCCGUGCAUGUCGUGGUAGUACUCCACCAUCUCCUCGGUGGACUUGUCUGACGACACGAAGACCACCUCAAACUGCGCAGGGGGGUCGCUUUCUUCCACCAGCUCCGUGUAGAAGUCGCACAAGACGGGCGUGAAGUCCCUACAAGGUGGACACCAUCCUGCAGAGAACCGAGUGGACUGAGGUCACUUGGAAAGAAAGCCGGCCCGCUCUUCCUUCCUUGGCGGGUGUUCGCUUCCCAUUUGUGGAGUCAACCGCCUGCGUCAACACACUGCUGAGACUUUUUCACAAGGGUUUAGUCGCUCUCCCAAAGCAAUUUUCUGCCUCCACCAUGACCUCCAAUUCCAAUUUAGCCAGCAUGCGGCGGAUGGUGGAGCAACUGAAACUGGAGGCCAGUGUGGAGAGAAUGAAGGUGUCCCAGGCGGCUGCAGAGCUCCAGCAGUACUGUCUUCAGAACGCAGGCAGGGAUGCUCUGCUGGUCGGGGUCCCCACUGGGAGCAACCCCUUCAGAGAACCACGAUCCUGCACUGUGGUGUGACGUCGGCGACCGGUGUGGAAUUCUGAGGAAGAACAUCACAAUGGAAAUAGUGUUUCUUUUUUUUUUUUUAAACGUAGCAGAGAAACAACGCACACCAGAAGCACCGUGACGCCUCAACACACUGAAGAGAUGAUAUAUUUUCAGCCUGAAAGUAAAUAUUUACUGUGUAGCUUUGGCUAUUCGUCCAAAUGAUGAAGUCAUGCUAAAGUAGAUGGAAUGAAAGGGUUUUAAAGGGCGUUCAAUAAUACAAUACAGUAAAAGCUAUCUGUAGUGGGUGAGUUGUUACCUUUCAUGAUUGAAGAAGGCACCAAAAGACUACUACGUUGACCCGCAUGUGAGAUAAAACAGUUUUUUGAGACAAAAUCCCAAAUGAUGCAAUAAAAAAAAAUGAUGUCACA